AUGAACCUUCAGCACUUUCGUAAGGUUCAGAAAUUUGCAUGCAAGCAACCUCAGCCACGCCUCAUACGAGUGGAUGACCUGUUCAAUGUGAACUCAAAGGACUUGUACACUCCACGAGCAACAGUGCUGCAUCGAUGUGGUGAGGACACAGGCUGCUGUCCAAGAGAGGGCAUGACUUGCGUCGCUCACAACACAGAGAAUGUGACACUGAUAUUCAAUGUGUAUGACACACAGUAUCACAAUAGAUCAAGGCAAGAACAACAAGCUUCAAAUCACACACUCUGUCAGUGUGUUGAAUUCCAAUAA